AUGAGCUGGAACGAGUUCACGAAGAGGGUUGGCAAAAACGCCAAGGCCCCUAAGAAGGAAGAUGUCCAACAACUUGAGGAGAUCCAGCUAUUGGAUUAUGGAUAUCUGCGGCUCUCAGUGGAAAUCCAUCUGGCGGAGACUGCUUGGGUGGGUGCAGUUGUGAAGAGGCUUCAGCGUCAGGAUGGCUUGAAGUGGCAUGAGAUUCAGGUCGGUUUCAAUGAGCUUACCAAGAAGAAGGUUGCAUGUCUACCAGAGCUUUUCCGGUUUGACAAAGCCAAGCAUCACGUGUUUUUCGUGGGGUCUCAAGGCGCAGCUGCCAAUGGUGAUGACUACGCCAUCCAUGAUGCGAGGCCAUGCGAUGAAGGCGAAGAGGAGGACGACAGCGUUCAGGAUCAAAAGAAGGAGCCGGAGGAGGGAGAACAGAGCAAUCUGUGGGAGUCUAGGGACCGUUCCCGACAAGCUUGGGUUCGCUGGGUUGCUUCAGAUCGUGGGCAGGCAGGCUUUCGCAAAAAGCUCAUGAAGUCAAAUGCAAACUCGCCGAAGGCGGACAUCCUGCAGUGGCUUUGGGUCGAAACCCACCCACCCGGCAUGUGGAACUCCUUGAGAAAAGCUGCGCAGACACGGGACUGGAAGAAGUUUGGACAAAUCAUCCGUAAAGAGUGGGUGGACAGAGGGGGUGACGAGAAGACUUGCCAUUGCCUCCAGGGCAGCCAGCACUGUAUGCAAAUCUGGCGGGGAAUAGCCGAAGGCUACUAG